GAGAGAGAGAGAGAGAGAGGGAGAGGGAGAGACUGUCAGAGAGAAAAUGGGAGGCAGCAUCACCCACCCAGACUGGGAGGAGGGGAGGGGAGAACAGACAGCGUGCCCGUCCCUCUAACAGACAGAGGUGAAAGGAAAGUGGGAAUGAGAGACAGGCGUGAGGGGAGAAGAGGAGCACAAUGAAGGAGUGCCAUUGUCCAUCCUGGCAGCACUGCCAUUUCACCAUCUGCUGAAAGAGAGAGAGAGUGAGAGAGAGGAGGGAAGUAAAGGAAAGCGGAGGCAGCCAAACGGAGGAGAGAAUAGAUGGAGAGGAGCUGCCGGCAGUGACUUUGUGAAUUAAUCGAGCGGAAGAGUGGAUCAGAGGAGAAGCACGUUUUUCAGGGAGUGGACGGACGGAGAGCCAGAAAGAGGAAGGAGAGGACGGAUGACCGGACAGUCUGAGGCUGUUUAAACAUUAAUGUGGUUCUCAUGUGAAUAUGGAGCCCGGCUUUAGAUGAUUACCGUGGAUUAUCAACUGUAUGCUUUUUAAACCAAAAAAAGGAACUAUCUAUGCUUUGCCAUUCAUUAAAAAACUCUUAGGGAAAUUGAUUAGACUUUUGUUUUUUGUAAAUAUAGACUCUCUUUGUGACUUCUGAUUUUCUAUUCUCUAUGAGCAUAUUCUGCAGGAUGUUAUACAAUAAUUAUCUUUGUUAGCUGCUGCACAAGAUAUUCAGGUUUUAAUGCAAGUUUUCUAAACAUCAGUGUUGUGGUUAGUGUAGUUGUUGUUUAUACUGUUAUUAGGAAAGUGAUUAUUGCUCUCUUGAAAUAAUAUCAGACCGUUUUAAAUGCCCUAGUUGGAGUCAGUGCAUGCAGCCGACAUGGGAUGUCAACAUUGAUUGGGGUUUUAUGGCUGGCGCGACGCCGGUCAAACUUUGAUCAUUUCCUGAAACCUAUUGAUUUUUUUAGGAGUCUUUAGUUUAUUCUCCUGUUGGCUGAAAACAAACCUCUAAUGUGGAGCCUUUGAUGCAGCAACUAAUUGCCGUCAUGUGAUUUGACAAAGCAGUUUUGUGUCUUUGUCUGAAGAUUUCUGCGGUUGUCAGGACCUCUCGGUAUAUAUCCUCCGCAGGCAUCUCUUUUAAUGUCUGUUGCCAUAGCAACGGGCAGCCGCUGCAGACAGAACCAGAUGUAAAAUUCUUUUUCCUUGUUUUAUCUUUUCAAACCGGUGCUGUUCUAUUAGCUAAUUGUUUGUAUUUAGUAGAUACGAAGCGGUAGACUUGAUAAGUCUAUGGUUGUUUGCAGUUUUUAGACUUUCUUUCUUUCUUUGUCUAUGCGGAGCGCGGCAGUCUCCGAGAAUCAGGGUUGUUUCAGGUCACCUGUCUCCCCCUCCCCAUUCCAUUUUACUCUAGUGCGAGUCGGCGCAGCCCCGCUUGUCCUGAUCCCACCUUUAUCAACUACCAUCUUUAUCAGUCAAGCUGACUGGAAUGACUGGAUACAUGAGAUAAUCAUACUAGUUUCACUUGUACAUAUCACUCUGUGCAGCUGGUCGGCCUCAAGGCCAUUACUCACUGAUCAUUAGGUGUGCUAUGUUCGUGACAGUCCGGUCCUUUUACCGUCUGUGUGUAGGUGACUCAGGAUUUAUUCUUAUGUAGAGGUUCCUUUCCUCUGCAGUCACCUGACCUACACUGUGUUCUGUGCACUAAAACAUCCUCGGACAAGACAAGAGUUAACUCUGUUCCUAGAGCAUUUCGGCACCCUGGUGUAUGAGAACACACCUGGAUUUUUCUCUGUUGUGCCCAUUACGGUUGGAUCUUUUGCCUUUUUCAGCGCUAAUAUCCUCAACACUAAUUUCUGGUUUUAUUAGGGUUGUGACGGACUGUUUUGUCUGUUCUGCAUGUUCUUUGAUUGUCCAAAUACUGGGUGUCUUUUGUGACUUUUCCAGCCAUAAUUCUUUACAGCUUUCUGGAGAUCAUCCCAGCCUGUCUGGCAGUGCGAGAGUGUGACUGGAUCCUCCAUGGUGCUUUUUAGCCAAGACCAGAUGGAUGACUAGCUAGAAUUGCUAGACAAUCCCUCUGUGGUGCUAGACUGGUGUAGGCGACUGUUCCUUUGCCGUGCGUCCAGCACCCACUACAAGCUGGUUCGCUGUACUUCAGACACAGUUUUAAGUUCUGAAAAGUUAGCAUGUGGAAAAAUCAACCCUCUCACUUGGCAUCAUUGAAACAUCAGUGCCAAAUUUACAACGUUGUGUAAGUGGUCCAUGCAAGGUCUCUGUAAACCUUGCUUUCCUUUUGAGGGAGUAAAGGUCAAGGGAUUGUAAAUAUGACUAGUGCGUAAACAGCACUGAGGUGCAGGCCAGCCAGCUUGCCUCAAGACUGUAGGUGUAGCAUUGCCUCCUACUGAGGUUAAACUGCUGCAGACAGUUUUGUUUGUGAGACUUUGGUACGCUGGGGAAGACUGUUAACUGUAAACAGACUGUUGUUUGCAUUUUAGGUUGGACUAUGCAGAAUAUGAGCUGUUAUGGCGUGUCUUUACAGUAGUUUGUAAUUGAUUUGAGAGCUAACCUGCUGCUUGAGAAGCCCUGCCUUAGAUAAGAAAGAAAGCGGUUCCAGAAUAUAACACUUGGCUUGUUCAUAUCAUAUGGGGCUGUGUUAACGCUCAUGUCUCAGGUAACUGACUAUAAUCUGGGCUUGUUAUUUGAACCAGGCAGUAAUAAAGUAACCGGGUGAGAGGAGAGGUGCAUAGAGAGAUCAGCAACAGCAGAGUUGCGGUUUUAAAUGAGCAUUUCCAGCUGGGCGAGUGAGUUCACGUUCAACUUUGAUGAGCCUCCAGCACCAUUCAGGGAACCCUGGGUUGGGAGUUCAAAACGAACAAAUCAGGUCUCAUUACCAUCACAACAAGCCCACCGGUAGUCGUCAUCAGCCAAUGACCUACAUUCUCUAGUGUUACAUCACCACCGUGCUAGUGCAGUGUCUGUCGCUGUACCAGACAAACAACAUCUCAGACUCAACCUACCACUAUCUAAUGGUGCUCCAGAAAAAAACCUGCAUCCUAACCAAGGUGGCCAGUUUUAGAAAACACACUUGAACCAAGGCAGCCUCACUUGUUUUAGCCAUAUCAGGAACUUCAGUCAGGGACGGGCUCAACUCUGCCAGCCCAGUCUUAAGUACUUACUUUUUUUCCUUUCUACUGGUGUCUAACUAGGUGACCAUGUUUAGCCUUUAGCCAUCCCUAAUCUUAAAGUUAGAGAGGCAGAAAGUUAGAGCUUACCAUUAAUAUAUUAGACUGGGGUACUGUUAAACAGGACAGCCUGGAGAACGGGCGAGCAUACGAGGGAGGGGGUGAGGGCGAACGAGAGAUCAUCUGGAAGAGGAGAGAGGAAGUGGUGGCGCGGGAGAGGGCGGAGGCGUUGGAGAGACAGAGAUUGGCAGAGUACAUUGUGUGGAGGAAGAGAGAGGGCUUCCAGGAGAAGAGAGGAGACGGAGAGAAGGGUGGAAAGAGUGCAGAGAAAGGGAACAAGGCUGUGCCAGAAGUAAUCUGGAAGAGGAGAGAAGAAGAGGACGAAGGAGACGCAGGGAGGGAGAGAGCAAGGGCCAUUCAGAGGGGACAAGAACAACCAUUUGGAGGAAGAGAGAGAGGGAAUAAAAGAGGAAUCCUGUGAGAGAUUUGAGAAUAUGAUGCACUUGAAAGUAGGCGUUAAAGAAAGUGUGCUGCUUUGGAUUCUAGCCAUACAUCAGUAAGCCUCCUCUCUCUUUUUUUUUAGCAGUUCUGGGCUUCAUUGAGCUCUGCAGGUGCCCACUGUGGUAUCGACCAAUAGGAGCUGUGCAUUGCGUGUGUUGCUGCCGUGUUCGUGCGCGCAGCCCCCUUGUGAUCCCCUCAUUGGCUGCUAAUAGGAUUUUUAUGGGUCUGUGUCAAGCAGGAUAGAGCUACCAAGGGGAGCUGCUUCACACAUGCAUGCCUGUGUGCACGACAACACACACAUACACAGAUAAUCUAAGAAGUAUUGUGGGCAGGGAAGGUUUAUACUGCCUCACACGCAUGUAAACACAUCACGUACAAGAGCGCACCCGUCAGUGCAGUAAGACACACAUGCAAGGGGGCGUUGAGAGACAAUCACUUGUGUUGAUUCUCCAUGGUGCUGCCGACAGCUGGAUAGCUGGCCCUCCCUGAGAGGCUAUUAAGUUAAGACAAGAUACUCACAGAUAUUGUUUUACAUUAUGGCAAAAACACCAAGAUGAACACUUUGUGGAGAGCUAAGACUGUGCCAUCAUCAGUCCCUGGGAACACAAUGAACAUUCAUGCGGAUUCAAAAGUGAACUGCUGACAACAUGAUCUGCACUGGUGCACUACAAACUAACUUUUUCAUCUGCAUUCUGCCGUUAACUGGGACACCCCACUUUUCCUCUGCGCCUUUUCUCAUUCUGCUUUCAUUGUGGGUAAAGCCGGUUUUAAAGCAGUUUGGUUUCGGCUGCCUGGUAAUGAGCGGAGGACAGACAACCAGACAGAUGGAUGCCGCACUUACGCUGAGGAAGACAGACAGAUGACUUUGAAUACUGAGACAAAGAGACUUUGAUUGAAUCACUAGAGCCUGUGUGGACUUGUGCGGAUAUAAAAACUGACACUGCAGAUUCAUUAUGGAGCUUGUCCCAAAAACCAAGUACACCCACUUUCGGAGUGAAUCGCUGAGCUCAACUGAUGAAACAAACUCCAAUCCGUCAUCGUUCCCUCCUUCCAGUCCUGCCACCCCGCUCACUCCCUCCCCUGGUUUACCUUCUUCUCUAUCCUCCUCGUCUCUCACUCCCAUCUUGGCCCCUUCUUCUCCCCGCCCAGCUGAGAACAGCCCCACCACCCUCUGCUCCUUCUUCCCCAGGAUGGGAUCCCUUCGCCUGGGUGUAUCUGCCACUCUUCUCCCAGGACUCAAGGCCUCGAGCAGGCCACAGCAGCCACAUGCCCCUGUUGAGUCCUCUGGGGAUGACCGGAGCAGCUCUAGCUCCUCCCCUCCAUUUCAUCACCCAAUUCCCCCUUUAACCGCUCCUUCUCCCCCUCCUCGACCUCCUCUGCAGGAUAUGAACCGGCUGGGAGGGGCGUCCAGGAGGGCACGGGUGGAAGGAGGGCAGCUUGGAGGAGAUGAGUGGACGCGCCAUGGCUCCUUUGUCAACAAGCCCACCCGCGGCUGGCUGCACUCCGACAAUGUGGUCAGCACUGCCGGUGUUUCCUACAGUGUACGGUACAUGGGUUGCGUGGAGGUGCUACAGUCAAUGCGAGCGCUGGACUUUAACACCAGAACUCAGGUCACGAGGGAGGCAAUCUCUGUGGUGUGCGAGGCCGUGCCCGGAGCCAAAGGAGCCCAGCGCAGGAGAAAGCCUUCCUCUCGCUGUAUGACAUCCAUCCUGGGGAAGAGUAACCUGCAGUUUGCCGGCAUGACAAUCAACCUCACCAUCUCGACCAGCAGCCUCAAUCUGCUUGCCUCCGACUGCAAACAGAUAAUCGCCAAUCAUCACAUGCAGUCCAUCUCCUUCGCCUCUGGAGGAGACCCAGAUACGGCUGAGUACGUAGCAUAUGUGGCCAAAGACCCAGUCAACCAGAGAGCAUGUCAUAUCCUUGAGUGCUCAGAGGGUUUAGCCCAGGAAGUCAUCAGCACCAUCGGCCAGGCCUUUGAAUUGCGUUUCAAACAGUACCUAAAGAACCCCCCCAAACUGGUCACACCUCAUGACAGAAUGGCUCCGUUUGACGGCUCUGCAUGGGAGGAAGAAGAUGAUGAGUCUGCUCCACCUCCUGAUGUCCCUUACUAUAAUAAUUUCCCUGGAAAACAGCCUCCGCCUGGUGGACUGAUUGACAUGAGGACCCGCCCAGGUGCAACGCUGCCUUAUGGACAGCCAGGCCAGAAUGACAUUCACAAGCAGCCUCUGCCUCCUAUACCAGUGGGUGCUAAAGAAGGGGGACGGGAACUGUUUGAUGACCCUUCAUAUGUCAAUGUGGACAAACCCCGCCCCCCAGUUGCAGCUAAUGGAAAUGCUCACAGAGAUGCUUUUGACAUGAAGCCAUUUGAUGAUGCCCUGGGGGUCUCUGGGCACGGUGGCCCAAGCUCAGUGACAACAGCACCCCCUCUGGUGCAGCAGUUGCAGUGCGAGACCUGGUUCCAUGGUAGUUUAAGUCGCAGGGAAGCAGAGAGGCUGCUGACCCGCGAUGGAGACUUCCUGGUGCGAGAGUCUGGGACCACGCCUGGACAGUACGUCCUCACGGGACAGCAGGGGGGUCAGGCUAAACACUUGCUACUAGUCGACCCAGAAGGAGUGGUCCGUACAAAAGACCAUCGCUUUGAAAGUGUGAGUCACCUGAUCAGUUACCACAUGGACAACAGACUCCCCAUCGUAUCAGCUGGUAGCGAAGUGUGUCUGCAACAGCCAGUGGAGCACAGGGCCUGAUGUUACACACACCAAUGAGAUACUCCACCAAAUACACACACACUCCUGCAGCAAUUCAACACAAGCCAACACAACACUUCAUAUGCUAUAAUACACACACCAACACUACACUUGACACACACAUAUAUAUACAAAAAUACAUAUGCACACACACCAUUGCAAAGAAAACCAAAAAAAUCAAAAAAAUCACCAGUUCCUCUGUAAUAUUCACUCACUUGCUGCUGUUGCCACAUAUUCCUGUCCUUUCUGAAAGCCAAACUGUGACCUGCAGUCUUCGACCCCCAACAACUAUCAUGCGCAUGAUCCCUCCACAACGGAGAAGCACUGCUGCAAUUUCUCAACAGCCUACUGUGAACCAGGGAGGAGCCCUUUGGUAAUUUCAGACAAGGGCAGAAAACGAAUGCAAUUUUUUUUUUUUUUUAAGGAGAAAAAAAAAUAUCUCAACAUCCGAUCAUGAAAAAAAAGAACAGAACACUUAAUGGAAUCUUGUACAAAAAAAUAGUUGGAACUGAAAAGUGAAGAAAGGAGCAUAAAUGGGACAUCUAAUGAGAUUUUCAGUGCUUUAGAGCAUGUAUUGUCACAUUCAGGGAAAUGAUUUCCCUCCUCAGACUGUUGCUGGAGCAUAUUAGGCAAAACACAAACUUGAUGGUUAUGGUUCUUUGUUUCAGAGACAGACCCAGGCUCGAACAUAAACUGUCACUGGAGCACUUCAGCAGCAAACCUGACUUUGAAAACAUUCUGCCUGGUGAAUAUGCAUAAACAAGUUUGCUUCCAAUCUAAUCAGGAGAGCCACACUACCCCCAACCACUCCCCUUUUAAGGACCUUUGAACUUUGACCCCUGAAAUGAUACCUGGUGAUGAUGAAAGCCUGUAUGCAAAACUGGGGGACUGCUAUGCCAAUGACAAUUUUUUUCUUUUCUUUUUCCGUCUGUUAUCUUGAGACACAUUACUUGUUGGACGUUCAGCAUUCAUUUCUUGAGCAGGAUCUAAACAGCUGCAUCUCCCUAAUCCUCCGUAAACACAGAUGCACCUUUACACAACACACGGUCUGCACCACUUGUCAUGCCAAAGAACAUGAACUUGGUCGCUAACAGCAGAGAAAGCCAUGACACUUAUCAGCAGUUAUCUGUCUUGUGUGCUUACAGCAUUGGGAGCAAAAAUAAAUAAAAUUAUGGUCAUUGUGCCUGAAUACAUCAUCAAAAAGGAGAUUUUUAAAGUAAAUGGUGCGUUGAUGUCACCCACAAACACGACUGUUGCUUUUCAUUGACUUCUUAGUAUGUGUUUGCACUGACAAUCUAUGGGUUAUGUCUUCACAUAGGAAUUUGAGUGAAAGCAAAGGAGAUUAGUUAAAAAAGACCCCUUUAAACUUUGGCCAAUGAGAAAUGUUGAACAGUUUAAGCAAUGAAUUUCCCUCUGCAAAAACGAUUAUCGUGAUGUUGCUUUAUUUUGUAAUCACUUGAGGGAAUAAUGUCCUCUAAAAACAAACAAAAAAAAAGCCGUUUGGGGGUAACUGAACAUAAGGACAUAAAUGUUUUUGGAGCAUUGCUAAUGAUAAGCCAGUUUGCUGUUUUCACAAACUCUUUGAGGAUCUGGGGGGGAGAAGUUCACACUAUUGUUUCUCCUUUCCUCUUCGUCCUCCCUCAGUUCAUGAUGAUGUUGUUUUUUUUUGUAUCUUUUUGAUUGUGCCUUGUUUCUUCAAUGCAGUCAUGUCACUUCAAUGCAGUCACCUUAUGUACUUAAUUCAAAUGUAGUGAACUACAGGAGAAUCUCACACAAGCCUCUCAGUUAAACAAAGACUGCAAAAAUGACACUCCAAAAAACACACACAAACGGAUCCAGUGAUGGCAAUCUCCCUGAUGCACAUUCUUGCAUUCAGCUUAUAGUCACAGAUACUUGAUGUCACCAUUGGGGGGGGGAAUAUUUCCUGACCAUCUGUAAAUAACAUCAACUUUUGACUGGUCAGCUUAGUACUAGAUUGUUGUUUUCAUAGUUGUAACUUUAAUGACUUAUUUGAUAAGUAACGCAUGCACCACAGCACUGAGGUAGCUCUUCCUAAAGCCAAUUGAACUUGUCAAAGAGAUCGAGGUCUAACUCUUGAAACAUGAGGAGGAAUCUUUCAACCUAAACCUUAACUGUCAACUACUCUUCAGACCCUGAAGUGGGCUCACAUGUAAUUUAACAUGCGCACACACACAUACCAGGGUGACAGCUGGGUCAAUCAGACACUCACACUCCGUUCAGGUGCUUUUAGGCGAUAGGAAAACCAGAGCUUUAAGAUCUGCCAUUACUGUGUGUUUGUGUGUGCUGAAACAGACCCACCUGCCCCUCUGCUUCAUUAGUGAUCCGGUCCUGUGUUAUUGUUCAAGGAUGCCUCUGUUGCAUGAAAAUACUUUCAAAAAAAUGUGUUGUUUGUCGUUGUUGAUGGUGAUAGUGUUGACGAUGCUGUUGUACUUUUUAAUUUGUAAAAGCCAAAGGUUACUUUCAAAUAGUGUGCACAGAUAUUGAUUUUAUAUGUUUCUGUUUUAAUACUUUGUUUUGUUUUUAGGGAAACAUUUCUGUUUACACCUGUAUCUGAAAAUAUAGAUUGCAUAUAUAAAUACA